UUGGGUAAAUGCCGUCCCAAACCACAACCACUUUCUCAAAAUUCUCCAAGAAAAGGAUCAUCAAGCAUUACACUUCAUGAAACCUCUAAUAACUGCGAAUUCUGCCAAAACCUUAUUGAAUACUUAACUGGUGAUGGUCUAAAGGAAAUUUCUCUUCCUAUAUUGACUGAAUUCGUUAAAAAUGUCUGCUUUGCAAUGAAUUUCAACAUGCUUUGCGGUAGCGUAAAUCAGGCAAACGUUGAUACUUUAAUUUAUCUAGUUUUAGCUCACUUUGAUACCUUAGAACUUUGUAACACUGCAGGAUUUUGCCAAGAUGACUAA